GCAGAAUGGAUGAAGACAAACCUCUAUCAGAUGGAAAUUAGUAACAUUUCGUCAUGUAACAUGUGGAGCGUACAUUCUUGGACAAACCUAUUCCUCUGCAACACUCCAGGUCUGCCAGAGAGAUGCCCUAGCUGUUCCUGAGGAUUCUUUGAACUUUAUCAAGGAUUUUUUUUCAACAUCGUUCCUGGGAGGACAUCGGAAAAAUACUCUGGGUUUGCGCAUUGCGUACUUGGCAGGGAAAUGCUCUUGUCCGUUACAUAGACUCCCAUAAUGUUGGGACUAAUCUCUGCUGGAAGGCGUUUAUCGCACCAUGUAUGUUGUAAACACAGCAGGAACGAGGAUGAGAGUGUUUAGUAUGCUUGGGAAAGGUCGACAUCAGCUGCUGGCGGCGCUCUGUUGGCUGUUUUUGGUUGUGACGAGGAGCGGAGCAGUCUCCAGAUGUGUGGACCAUGCCUGUAGUCCACCCAUAGGGAACCUGGCUAGUGGCAGGACCGUCCUCACCCUCUCAAGCUGCUGUGGGAACAGUCCUUGCCACCAUUCACCUGUGACCCCUCACCCAUGCCCCGAGGACACUCACCCAUCUGUUCACAUGACUGAUGACCCUUUCUUGCAUCCAGACACCUGGUGGGCAUCAGGUGCAGGUACCAGCAUGCAGGAUGAGAUUAGGUUGGACCUGGAGACACACUUCUGUUUGUCCCAUGUGGUUUUAGUAUUCAGGUCACCCCGACCUGCUGCCAUGGCCAUCGAACGUUCAGCUGACUUUGGAAAAACCUGGGAAGCGCUUAAGCUCUUUGCGUACAACUGCAGCAUGGAGUUUGGUUUGCCUGAUGAUUUCACUCAGCCAGGCUCUUUGUGUACAUCCCGUUACAGCAGUGCUACACCCUGCAGUAGGGGGGAGGUAAUAUUACGGACACUAGACCCCAGCAGUGCUAAAACACUGGACCCUUACAGUCCAGAGGUCCUUGCCCGCCUCACCCUCACCAACCUCCGCAUCAGACUGCUAAAAGCUCAGACCUGUCCAGCACCUCUAAAUCCCCCUGCAGAACACACAAGCCCCACAGCCUCAUCUCUGACCUCCACAUUCACCACAGAAAUCCCAGCCUCAGCACCUUAUGCUAUUUAUACUUUACUGGCCAGAGGGACCUGCCUGUGCCAUGGGCAUGCUGAGCAUUGCGUACCACACAACAGCAGCCACCAAGACACAAGACAGGACAGUAACAAGGUGUCUGGUAGGUGUCUAUGUACUCACCACACAGCAGGGAAUCACUGUGAGAAGUGUGCCCUGCUCUACAAUGAUCGUCCCUGGAGACCUGCCAACAGCAGCAGUGGGGAGUCCAACCCAUGCCAGAAGUGCCAGUGCCACGGUCAUGCAGAUAGCUGUCAUUUCUCUCAGCGGGCAUGGCUUUCCUCCGGUGGCACCAGUGGGGGCGUUUGUGAUAACUGCAGACACAACACUGUCGGGCGCAGGUGCCAGCGCUGUGGCCAUGGCUACCACCGCCACCCAUCCCUGCCCCUCACCUCCCCUCACGCCUGCACACGCUGCUGGUGUGAUCCACAGGGAACUUUGCCUCCUCAUCCUGGAGAGGAGGGACCCUGGUGCCACCCUAGAAAUGGGCAGUGCCACUGCAAAUCUGGUGUAGGGAGCACAAGCUGCAGUCACUGCCUGCCUGGCUAUUGGGGUUUUGGAGACGAGGGCUGUAAACCCUGUGCCUGCCCUCACAGCUGCGAUCCAACCACUGGGCAGUGUUUGGACAGCUACUCAAAUAACCAGAUGUUCAAUGUGCCCAUUGGUGGAAAAAUCCCUGAUCUGGAUCACAUGUUCACAGUUGAAGAAGAGGUACAGUGGUCGAAGGAGCUCGCAGUCUCUGCUCUGCAUUAUACAGGAAAGUGUAGCUGUAAGGAGAAAAAGCUGAGAAGUGUGUCAGACCUCUGUAAGACCAAACAUGAUUAUGUGAUCAAGGCCAGUGUGCUCUCUGCGCAUGACAAAGGCAGCCACGCAGAAGUGCAGGUCAAAGUUCGUAAGGUCUUUCAAUCAGGCCAAGUGGCGCUCUACUUGGGGACCAUCAGCAUAUAUCCUCUGUCCUGGACCAGCCGCGGCUGCACCUGUCCUAUUCUAAACCCAGGUAUGGAGUACCUGCUAGCAGGCCCAGAGGAGGCCGAGACAGGCCGUCUGCUGGUCACCAUGCAAAGUGUGGUGGUCCCAUGGACACCUAGACUAGGUCUACUUAUAUCAGAGGGCCUGAGGAAUGGAUGUCCAUGAACCAUAUGAUCCAAAAAGGCAGGACACUCUUCAGAGGAUUUCACUAGGACGUUUAUGAGCCAAUGGACCCUUCAGAAAAGAGACUGAAAAUCACAUCGCUGAUAAACAUCAGGGGGAAAUUAUUCCUCACAAUGUGUGGGUGUGCUACACAAAAUAAAG